AAAUACUAUCACUCCAUCUCUCUUGACCCUUAUUGCAAAUUAGAUCUUCAACAUGUAUUCAAUGGACCGCAAAGCUAUAACAAUGGAACUAUCAUUAUCAUUAUCAAACGUACUAUAACACAUUCCAAAAUAAAGAAAUAUGUUUUUCCAGUAUAUUGUCAGGGGAAAGGUUAUUUAUUGAACAUAUCUAUCAUUUAUGGUUAUCAGCAAAAGUGGAAAACGAUCAAGGAUAUUAUAUUUAAAGUGUCAUAAAUACAAAUCUAGUUACCUAUAUGCUACUCUAUUCAUUUUAAAGGUAUUCUUUUUAUUCAAGAUUAGUUUGAAUUAUUAUCAUCAUCAGGGCCGUCAUCCUCGUGGAAUUGAUAACUGCAUCAUUAUGAUAUCAUGUCUCAUCACCAUUACUAUCAUCGUCAUGCAUCAGAUAUUAUUAGUGCGAGUAUCGACUGUAGUGACAUCCAUUAUGUGGUGAUCAUCAACAUUAUUUAUUAAACCGAUAGGUAAUCAUGAUACAUCUUCCCUCAUUCCCACUAUGUACUCACUCUUUUACAUACAUACUUCUAUACUGACUCUAUCUUUCUUUUUUUUUUUUUAUUUCUUUUUA